CCGUUAGUCAGUCCACACUCCAGAAAAAGCUCCCAACUUUGAAAUAUGGCCUCUUUGGCAACUCUGAAGAUGCUCAAACCACCCCAAUUACUUCCACUUUUCCACAAUCAUCAACAAUCGAAACUCUUGUCACAAACCCUAAAUCUCAAUCCAACUCCAACUUUCAGAACUCCAAAAAUGGUGGUCAAAGCUCAAGCAAACACCUCUGCUCUAGGGUUCGUUCAGAGAGCAAUAGAUUUGGCCCAAUCUUCGCCUCCCUCUUGGCAAUCCGCUCUCCUCUGCAAUCUCGCGAUCUUCGUUGUGGGUUCUCCGCUUCUCGUAUCUGGGUUGUCUCUCUCCGGCAUUGGGACCGCCUUCUUGCUUGGCACUCUCACAUGGCGCGCUUUUGGGCCCUCUGGGUUUCUUCUCGUCGCCACCUAUUUCGUCAUUGGAACGGCAGCGACAAAGGUGAAAAUGGCUCAAAAGGAGGCUCAAGGGAUUGCUGAGAAAAAGAAAGGAAGAAGAGGACCAGGAAGUGUGAUAGGUUCCAGUGUGGCUGGUUGCGUUUGUGCUUUUCUUAGAAUAUAUGGAGUUGGUGGAAAUGCAUUUUCUCGGCUUUGGGAACUCGGUUUUGUUGCUAGUUUCUGUACUAAGUUGAGUGAUACUGUCUCAAGUGAGAUAGGGAAGGCAUAUGGCAGAACAACGUACCUGGUGACGACAUUUAAGGUAGUUCCAAGGGGUACUGAAGGGGCUGUGAGUGUUGAGGGAACCAUUGCUGGACUUUUAGCUUCGAUUCUUCUUGCCUUUGUUGGGUGUCUACAGGGUGAGAUAAAUGUGCCUGAAAUGUUUAUAUGCGUCCUAGCUUCCCAGAUUGCCAAUCUUGGUGAGAGCGUGAUAGGUGCUGCACUCCAAGAUAAAGAAGGUUUUCGAUGGCUAAACAAUGAUGCCGUCAACAUCAUCAACAUAUCCAUGGGCAGCAUAUUGGCAGUCAUGAUGCAGCAAAUUGUGUUGCAAAACUGGUUUGCAUGACUUCAAGAAAUCACCUAUCUACGAGGCUUCAAGCUUAUAACUGCUUCUGGAGAAAGGUGUUUAGUAAUCUUAGCUCAUGCGAUCGACUUAUGCUAUAACACAGUGAAACUUCAUGGGGCAGGAGACCAGAAAAUGUUGUUUUGCUCUUCAACGUUGUUCCUUCUUUGUAUUAGCUGCAUUUCUCUGAAGAAUGGUCCCCUCAAUUCAGUAGCAAAAAUCAAUUUACUGUUUCUGUUUUCUGAAAGUGCCCAACUUUUCCUUCAGUAGGACUUUGUACAGGUUGACCAUUUCCAUUAUAGUUUGCACAGCAUUGUUGCUUUCU